CCUAAUUUCAUCAAAUGAUUUUUCCCCUUCUUCCAAUCUCCUACAAGAUCACUUGCAAGUUUUUUAUCCGAGAAUGGAAGACACGAACAGGCUCUUACAGAUAUUCGUGAAGCUUCUAGACGGUAAAACAGCAAUCCUAAGAUUCACAGGCCCACAAGCUGACGCUCAAUUAAUCAAGCAACGGAUCUUCGAAAUCACCAAAAUCCCUACCCACACCCAACGCCUAAUCUGUAACGGCGCACAACUCCGCGAGAACUCCGUCAUCUCGACCCCAGAAUGCACCGUUCACCUCUUACUUCGUUUAAUUGGAGGGAAGGGAGGGUUUGGUUCUCUUCUAAGAGGAGCGGCGACAAAAGCAGGUCAAAAGAAGACGAAUAACUUUGACGCGUGUCGAGACAUGAGUGGACGGAGGCUAAGACACGUGAAUGCGGAGAAGAGGCUGGAGGAGUGGAAGGCGGAGGAGGAGGAAAGAAGAAUGGAGAAAAUAGCGGAGGAGUUUAUAAAGAAGAAUGUUAAAAAAGGGAAGAAAGGGGUUGGUGAUGGUGAAGCGGAUAAGUAUGUGGCCAAGUAUAGGGAGGAUUCGGCGAAAUGUGCCAAGGAAGUUGAGGAAGCUGUCAGAGAAGCAUGUGCAAAUGGGAACGGGAAAAGGAAAGGGAAGGUCGUAAAAGCUGUAGGAUUGGAUGCUAAAAGAUUGAAGAUUUGGAUGGGGAAGAGAACACUGGGUGAUAGUGAUAGUGAAGAUAACAGUGAUGAUGAGGAAAAUGAGAAGUCUGUAGUUCUAAAUAUUGGUAAUAAUUCUGAUAUUAGUAAAGAAGCCGAUGGGAGUUCAGAUUCUGUUACCGGUGGGAAACAAGAAGGAGACUGCUCUGGUGGUGCCUCAUGUGAGAGUGGUUCUGAGGAAGAAAAAGAUGCUGCUACUGCUGAGCAAACUUUGCAAUUUAGUUCUAAUGGGGAAACAGUUCCUAGUGAAGGUGAUGGAGGAGUUGAAUUGGAAGUAAAAGAGCAACAAAAUGCUGCCAUAACUUGCUCUGAGGCUGCUGUGGUUACUGGAAUUGACGUCAUUAAGGCUGAAAAAAACGAGAAUGAUGGACUGGAUUCUCAAUCCGUGCAAGUUUCAAGUCCAGCUAGGGUGGAAGUUAUUGAAACCAAGCCAAUUACUGCAGACUCUGAAACAGUUGUUGUAAAUGAAAAAGCAACUGAUUUGGAGAAACCAUUAAAUUUUGAUGAUUACAAUUCAGUAGAUGAGUUGGAGGCUCUUGGCAUUGAAAGGUUGAAAACUGAACUACAAGCUCGUGGGCUCAAGUGUGGGGGUACUUUGCAAGAGCGAGCUGCCCGGCUUUUCCUGCUAAAAACUACUCCUUUGGAUAAGCUGCCAAAAAAGCUAUUUGCUAAGAAAUGAAGUCUCUAGUGUCUAUUGUCUUGCUGACUGUUCUGACGCUAUCUUUCUUUAAAAUGUAUAGUUGGGAACACCCUAUAGUUUUAUUGUAAUAUCUGUUGUAAACUCCUUUUUAUAUCUUCUUUCACUACUAUUCAGAUAUUUUCUAGGGAAGAAGAAAAAAAAGAACUGGCCUAGCGGUCAUUUUCUACCUUAACCUUGUUGACCUUAUAUAUGUCGCAAGUUGUAACCAUGUACGCCUGUACUGCUCAUAUUUUAUGGAACAAAUUCUGGAGUUUUCAGUGCCA